ACCAUGGAGGUCAUUCACGGCAGGCCCUAUUGUUGCAGAGAGCUCGAAGGGGCUGACCUACUGUCCAACACCUUCUACUCUAAUGAAUUGCACACCCCGCUACAAACAACUGCUCGCCCAACUGCCUCAGAGGACAGAGCUCUCCUCUGCUAUGCUGCAAAUUCCUGAAUUCUGUAUCAUCUCUAUGGAUUUAGUCCAAAAUUCAAACCCAUUUUCUUAGCCCUUAAGAUCUAGGUAUCAGGAAUUAAGGGAGUCACUUCAACAAUGUAGACUUCCGUGGGGUGCUGAAAGGGAAUAUGGUGGCAUAAUACCCAUUUCACUCCCUGAGGAACACAGGCCAAAAUAUCGUUUCAUGGGCAAAGGACAUAAGCAUUAUGGAUUUGGUGGAGAAACCUGGCCGAGAUUCUUCCAGACUCUCUGCUGGAGGUAUAGAGGGAAGCCACAUUAUUGGUUGAGAGCUGCUACAUCUAACCCCAAUUCCAACACUCCAAAUGCAUACAGAGACAAGAAAACUUCCUAUUGAACAAUACUAUUAUUUGACGCAGAAUAAAAAAAGUGACAUCUAUGGAAAUGAUUCUUUGAUGCCCAAACCACCUAAUUCAACAGUAGCAGAAAUCUGUUCUUCAUAUCCAAUUGAACACCCGUACCACACACACAUCUCACGUGGUGCCAUGUUCCCGACCUUUACCUCACCUAAGGAUCUCUACACCGGCAUUAAAGCCCGAAACCAACAGCCAUUUCCUCCCACUGUUCCAACAAAGGCUUAUGAUACAACGAUUUUGAAAACAAGAGGUAAUCCUUACAGAUACGAACUGCUUGAUUUUCCAAUGGAUUCAAAAAAGAAAGCCUUGACUUGGCCAGGUCAGGGUGUAUAUUAUGAUUUUCCUGAAUGUGUUGAGAAAAAUAAGCCUGUAUUCUACCCAAAACCUCCUAAAACCUUUGCUCCUAACACUUCUUUAAAUUUGUGGGACCCUAUUAGCUCUCUAAAAGAAGCCAACAUACAAAGAAAUCUUGAGAGGUCCCACUGGAUCCCUUCAUACACUCAUGAUUUUACAGGUCUGGGGCCCAUGAACCCCCUUGAACUGGAUGAUUACCAUGAAAAGGAGGUAGCAGAGUUAACUGGACAGAUAGGAUUUGACCCAGAGCCUCAAGAAAAAUUCCAUCCUGUCUUAAAACCUUCCAGGCCCUUGGAAGGACGAACUGCUCGACUGAUUCAGAACCGACGUCCUCUAGAGGCUAUUGUCCAGCAAAGACAGCCCUCCUGUCCAGAUUGUACCCCUAGAGUUUUGUGUACUUUUCAUACCUUUGUACCCAGUUCUACAGAAAUGAUGGCACUUUGUGAUAACACACUGGCAGGUGUCACCCAUAAAAAGCAGGAAAUUGAAGACAAGAUUAAGCAAGAACAAAGCUUGCUAUCUACCUAUGCAUUCCCACCUUGUUAUCCAACAAAAGAUCUGAAUAACACUUGUGACAUAAAAACGUUUCCAAAAAUCACAGAUACUAAAAAGAUAGAAGAUUUGUACUGGAGACAGCUGGCAUUAAAACCCCAACAUACACCUUACUGCAACCCGAACCAUUACAUUCCAUAUGAGCAAUUUAAAUGUGUCAUAGGUGACCAGUAUACUAUGUGUCAAAACUCUGUUAGCCUUAGUAAGCCUAGUAUUUUAGAAAGUAAACGAGAUUUGGGAGCUUUUGAUUUAGAACAUUUUUUAAGUAAGCCAGAAGAACAGUCGUCCUUGAACACAGAAAACGAGGAAACAAGACCUAUUCUGGGUUGGAUUCCUAGAGCUGGAGUGGCCAAGCCUCAGACUGACCUGCUGGGGCUUAAGAACUCUUUUUCAAAAACUGGUGCACAAAAACGUUUCCAUAAAUCAAUUCUUGAAGACCAUAAAGACCUCAGGGAUAAAGUGCAUUCAGGGAUGAAACACCAAUUCUAUGGUCAUAAUUCCUAUUAUUUCUAUAAUUGAUAUUCAUCCUUUCCUUCAAAACCCAGCCUCUUGUAAGAAAAGUAAAAAUAUAACAGAAUUUCUUCCA